AGUGCUGAGGCAGAAGUCAUGUGAGCUUCUGAGCUGCAGGGACAGAGGCAGAGGAGAACGCAUGCAUCAGAGCAGCGUGCUGCUGGAGCCCUGACGGGGAGAGGGAAGCAGAGAGAGUCUGGGAGGGAAAAGACGAAGUGGUAGGAGCUGGAACAGCAGCAGCUGCUGCUACUAUGCCGUAGCUCAUGCCCAGGAGUCAGCUCUGCCGCUAGCAUGCAUCUCUGAGUGCUCAGGUGCCUCGGAUUUAAAAGUCCUAGAAGAUCUGUAGUACUCCCAGGAGCCAAGUGGAUGCCUUUUUUCCUGCGAAGAUCUGUCUGAGGACUCUGCUCCUUCUCCUGGAUAGAGAGCAUCCUUCCUCCUGCAGCCUGCACUCUCCUCCCAGUCUCUCUCCUGUCUGUGGGGUCCGUGGCCUCUAUGGAUGCCCCUGUGCAGAUUUUCCGGGAGGAGCUGGACUCCACCUGCAUGCCGGGGCCCUGUCGGCCCUCCAGCACCAGCAGCAGCUGGCCCCUGGGCUGGGCAGACUAUGACAGCAAUGCCACCGGGACCUUCAGGGACACCCAGCACAACAGCACCAGCAUCUCCCCCUCUAUUCCCAUCAUCAUCACCGCUGUCUACUCGGUGGUCUUCGUUGUUGGCUUGGUGGGAAACUCUCUGGUGAUGUUUGUCAUCAUAAGAUAUACAAAGAUGAAGACAGCAACCAACAUCUACAUUUUCAAUCUGGCUAUGGCAGACGCACUGGUUACCACGACUAUGCCUUUCCAAAGCACAGAAUACCUGAUGAACUCUUGGCCAUUUGGGGAUGUGCUGUGUAAAAUAGUUAUUUCAAUUGACUAUUAUAACAUGUUUACCAGCAUAUUCACACUGACCAUGAUGAGCGUUGAUCGAUACAUUGCUGUAUGUCACCCUGUGAAGGCUCUGGACUUCCGUACUCCUCUCAAGGCAAAGAUAAUCAACAUCUGUAUCUGGCUGUUGUCCUCAUCUGUUGGCAUAUCUGCCAUAGUUCUUGGAGGUACCAAAGUCAGGGAAGAUACUGGUAGCACUGAAUGCUCCUUGCAGUUCCCAGACAGAGACUAUGUGUGGUGGGACAUCUUCAUGAAAAUCUGUGUCUUUGUCUUUGCAUUUGUUAUUCCAGUACUCAUUAUAAUUGUUUGCUAUACUCUAAUGAUCCUGCGCCUUAAAAGUGUACGACUUCUCUCAGGGUCUCGAGAAAAAGAUCGAAACCUGCGUCGCAUCACCAGGUUGGUUCUUGUGGUUGUGGCAGUUUUUAUUAUCUGUUGGACUCCUAUUCACAUUUUUGUGCUGGUUGAAGCAUUAGGCGAUGUGUCCCACAGUACUGCUGCUGUAUCCAGCUAUUAUUUCUGUAUUGCUUUGGGGUACACCAACAGCAGCCUCAAUCCUAUCCUUUAUGCCUUUUUGGAUGAAAACUUCAAGAGAUGUUUCAAAGACUUCUGCUUCCCCUUUAAGAUGAGGAUGGAUAGGCAGAGCACCAGCAGAGUUCGAAACACCGUGCAAGACCCAGCUUAUAGGAGGGAAGCAGAUGGGACAAACAAACCUGUAUGACUAGUCGUGGAAAUGUCGUCUUACUGCCCGCAAGAGAGAGAAGAGUCCAACGAUCUUGGGCUGACACAGAUUACCACUGCAGUUUGAACUAGACUCACUCAGACAGACAUUUCUGGAAUAUUUAAGAAGUCCUAGUAGUUUGAACCAAGCCAAGUUAACUACUGACACACAAGGACAUCCUGAAAAUAAGUUAAAAUGUAGAGGACAUGAUAAGUGGUCAGAUUUUGGCACCAUAAUUACGAUAGUUAAGCAGGUGCUAGUACACAUUUCUUGGGUGAUAGGAGAAGCUUAUUUUGUGCUAGAUAAAGAGAGCUGUGGGUUUUCUCUUUACACUGUAAGAUUAUCUUAACUGACACUAGCUUAUACCAUUAAGUUAUGCCAAAAGCAUAGAUUUGCCCGAGUAUUGAUUGCUUCUGAAAUAUAUAGUUUGACAACAUGAUUUGUCAUACUCUUUUACAGUGAAGAGUGUUAUUUAGGUUUCAGCAGAACGCUACCAGAAUUAAAAUCACAAUUCCCCUCAACUAAUGUAUUUGUAACAUUUGUCUGUUCUGUGAAAAUACAGCUUAAGCAUGAACUGCCUACAUAUCAAAAUGAUUUUAUUGUGUCUGUGUAUGGUAAAGCAUUGCAGUGUUUAAAAAUACUGGGACUUAAGGAAAAUUGUUAGUAUAUCUUUUGCACGUGAUUAAUCACCUGUGUGUAAUGUUUUCUGUGUGGUUUUCCAAGAUGUUUGUAUACUUAUGAGUAUGGACAAUAUAAUAUUCAUUUUCAGAGUGUAUUUUCAUCAAGAGACUAGAAAACUUCACAUUCUUCACUUGUUACAAGUCUGAUGAAAAACUGUGCCACAUUAUUCAUAUGGGAAUAAAUAGUUUAAUUCCACUUUCAGUAAAGGGAACAUAUAUAAAAAUA